AUGGUUUCCAUCUCUCGUUCAAUGCGGCCUCUUCUCCGACUUCGACUCCUGCCUUCAUGCAUUCCACGGCGGUAUGCUACUUCUUCCAGUACCAGCGCUGUGAAAGUCCCCAAGCGUGCUCCUCAGAUUCCAGCUGCAAAGUCAACAUCAGUCCCUCGACAACCAUACGAACCUCAAGGAGCCCGAGCCUCCAAUGACCUUCCGCCAGAAAAAUUACACAAGCAGUGGUACGCGACCAAGUUGUACAAUGCGGGCCAACGAGCUAUAUACAGACCCCCGUCGCAUGCUGGAAUACUGGCAGCCUCAUACAUCAUAACCGCAUCUGCUCUGGUGACCGCCGGUGCGCUAGCCUUCAGCAAUCUUUGGGCGUACGAUACAUCUUCCGAUCUGCCCUGGAUUGUGAGGGUGGCAUGGCGAGCCGGAAUUAUCACCUUCACCUUUGUCGCCGGAUUCGCGUUCCUGCGGCCAACAAGGUUGAUUAGGUCAAUUGAUUUGGUCUCAAAAGAUGGCGUGGUGAAGCUUGCUGUACAAGUGCGACGGCCUCUGCCGUUCCUCAGGCCAAAGGAAUAUAUCAUUGCGCCUUAUGAAUUUGAGAUGGAUCGAAAAUUUGUACAACAGAUGGACGAGCCCGAUUUCAUGCAUGACGACAAGCAGGACGCGCAGAACGCUGUAUCAAAGCUAGGCCGGGUUGUCAGUAAGGCGAUCUAUUAUCCAUUUGCUGCCACAAGGCGACUUCUGACACUCGAGGGAAUGAUGUCGGUCCAUCUCAACGAACACGAUAGUCCAGCCAAACUUGAUACACAAGGCAAAUUCUCCAAUGCCGCCAAAGACCUGGUAGAAAUGGGCACCAUUAAGAUUUGA